CAAAUAGGUUCAAACUUCAUGACAAUCCUUUUUUUUUUGUAUGAGUUAAACAAUUAUAGGUGAAAAAUCAAAUCAUCGAACGAUAAAAUAGUAGGUCGUGAAUGUUGGAAUGGACUAGGGGCAAAUUUGAGAGGUGAAAGGGGAAGAGGGGCAUGAUAGCAAAAAGAAGAAGUUUGAGAAAUGAGUUAAGAGUGAAGAGUAGUGAGUAGAGGCAUUUAAUUUCCUCAACCUCCGAGCCCACCCAACCCCCAAUGUCCUAUAUUCUUUACUUUCUUCUUCAGCUUUCUACCUUCAAACCCUAGUGAAAAAAGGGGCACCAAAAACAAAAACAAAAAAAAAAAUACAACAAUCAACCAAGUUGCAGAAAAAAAAAAAAGGUUCAAUCGCAGGUGAAAGAAGAUGUUUUUACUUCACAAUCCAAAGCAACCGCACUAGCCCCUCCUUGCACCCACAAUCUACUCAAAACUCCCACUUCACCCAUGGCUGCCUUUCCUCUCUCACCCACCAUUUUCAUCUUCCUCUUCUUCCUUCUCUGCAAAUCCAUCCAUUCCUUUUCAUCUCCUUCCUUUUCGCUUUCUGGGUUUCGUGGAGAUCCAGAUUUCGAGCUCAAUGUCGCCCUGUACGGCGAUGCGGCGGUUGUCGGCGGCGGCGGUGCUCUCCGGCUCACCGGCCCGGCCAGUUCCAGUGCUGGGCGAGUCAUGUACAAGAAACCCAUCAGCCUUGUUCGAGGUAAACCCAGGAGAUUGAUGUCUUUCUCCACAGAUUUCUCGUUUUCUUUCUCGCCAGACACGGGGGAUGAGGGAUUGGGUUUUCUUAUGGUUCCCAGUGAUUUUAAUGUUAGUGCCUUCGAUAACAGACCAUUUGGGCUUCCUUUUGGAUCGAAGGAACAGAAGUUGAAAACGAUCUUUGUUAAAUUUACGGCUUCUUCCGAUGCUAAGAAUGGUGAUCUGGUUUGGACUCGGGUGGGAAUUGAUGUGGGUUACAACAAUAAUACUCCGUUAGCUGGUUCAGGUAAUUUAUCAAACAGUUACCAGGCAUCAAUUAAGGGGCAGAAUUUACACGCUUGGAUAGAUUACGAGGUGGGUUCUAGGAAAUUAGAAGUAAGAUUAGCAGAAAAUGGCAAGAAGAAGAGGCCAUCUGCGCCAUUGUUUUCGAUCCCAAUUGAUAUCUCUCAAAUUUGGGGAGAAGAUGAACAAGUGCAGGUGGGUUUGAGUUCAUCAAAUGGGAACUCCUCCCAGCCAUGUCUGGUCUAUUCUUGGAGCUUCAAGGUGAAGAACAUUCCGAACUGGAUGCAUUCGGAGCCGCUCGAUCCGAAGACGAUCACCGUCGCGAAGGAAUCGGAGCCUCAAAGUGUGGUUAAAGAGGGCAAGAACUGCUUAAUGAGAGUGGUUGCGGCCAUGAUUUUUGGGACUGGGUGUGGGGCAUUGACAGCUUUUGUAGCACUGUAUUUAUGGACCAUCUUUGGGAAUAGGCGCCCUGUGGUGCCUGAGGAGUUUGCGGUGUACAAGAAAGUUGUGGUGUUGGACAAGCCCACGGAAGAUGAUGGUAACAAGAAAGUUGAUGUUUGAGGUUGGAGAGAAUUGUCUGUUGUAAAAAGCCAAUAUGUUUUGUUCUUGUAUUUGAAGGGUUUUGGUUUUUUUCUUGUGUUGCUGUAAUUUGGCUAUCAAUUGUCUAAAGAUGUAGUUUUUUUAGUUACAUUAUGUGCAAAAGGGCAAGCCCAUCUCAUCUGGCUUUUGUACUGUGAUUACCAAUUUAAUGGAACCCAUCUCUUUGAAUCUGCCCACUCAAAA